AUGCCAAGUAAAAGGGGCCGUUGAAGGUCAUUUGGUCUCCACUCCCACACCGCCCGUGCCGAGUUGUCUUUCUCCAUGAGCCACAUGGAGAGCCUCCUGUGGGAAGGCCACUAUGCCCAGCGCCUGAGCUCGUCCGCACCCAUCUUCCUAGCAGCCAUCAUGUAGCACCUGACUGCCAAGGUCCUAGAGCUGGCAGGCAACGAGGCCCAGAACAGCGGUCAGAGGCACAUCACCCCAGAGCUGGUGGACACAACAGUCCACCAUAACAUUCUGCUCAGCGGCUCUUUUGGGAUGACAACCAUCUCCCUGGUGGCCCUAGCCUGGCACUAGCUGCUCAACCACAGCUGGGUCCCGGGUUCCUGGCCCCCAGACGGGCCUCCCCCCGGCUGUCGGGUGCCAGGCCUGCUCACUGACCGACCGCACAGCCCGGUGCCUCGGGCCCAGUCAUGUCGAAUCAGUGUUUCAAGACAUCCCUGUGUGUGCUUCAGUCACUUGGCCUGGGAGGUGGUGGUGGGACACCCCUCCUUCGAGAGGUGGGGGUCGGGGGUCUGACUGGAGCGGAGGGGGAGUGUUGUGGGUAUGGGUGGAGUCAGGGAUGGCAGGCAGAGAGGAGCGGUCGCCCACGGUGACAGCGCAUGCGGUGGCCGUGGUGAGAGAAGCUGGCUGUGGCGGGGGUGCAGUGGAGUGGAGUCUGUAGGGGAGGCCGGGGAAAGGAGGG